AUGAAGGCGUCCAAAAUCCAACUCAGUACUAUGGGAUCUUCACAUCCUCCUGGCUAUCAACCGUAUAAUUUUCCUCACACGUGGUUGGAAACUCUACAGGACAUGGCACAUAACCGGCCCGAGUGGCAAGCAUGCUGUCAAUUCCUAGUGAACCGUCCAGCUGAAGUUAGCCCGUCGUUGUGUACUGGGCUCUUGGUAUUUUAUCCGGUCGGGAAGGAAGCCAAGCAAGCAAAACAGCUCAGUCAUUUCGAACAAGCAAACAGCAAACAGCCGCUGGAAGAGGUACAGAAAUCAAGUCCACCACAACGUCUGCAGUUUUUACAAGCAGACCACUUUGAGCCAUGGCCACCGGGCAUGCUCACGGUGGAGCUCGAGUAUGCUUAA